AUGAAUGCUGUUGAAGAACUCAAGUUAUUUCUAGACAGCAAAUUAAAGGAUCUAGGACCUUUAAAAUAUUUUUUGGGCAUCGAGAUAGCUAGAUCAGCUAAUGGGAUUUCACUUAGCCAAAGAAAAUAUGCACUGGAGAUUCUUGAGGAUAGUGGGAUGUUGGGGAGUAAAAUGCAAAAGUUUCCAAUGGAACAGAACUUAAAACUAAGCAAAAUAGAAGGGACUUUGCUUGAUGAUCGAGCAGCAUAUAGAAGGCUAGUUGGUAGAUUAAUAUAUUUGACCAUCACAAGGCCUGAUAUCUCCUACUCGAUACAAGUUCUUUCUCAAUUCAUGGAUAAGCCUAGACAUACACAUCUUGUAGCAACAAAUAGGGUGCUGCAGUACAUCAAGGGGACUCCUGGACAAGGCAUUUUUUUGUCCUCUAAAUCAAAGCUGCACCUAAAGGCCUUUGCAGAUGCAGACUGGGCAGGCUGUGUUGACACCAAAAGAAAUGUCACUGGUUUCUAUAUCUUCCUUGGAGAUUCACUGAUUUCAUGGAGAUCUAAGAAGCAAACGACUAUCUCUAGAAGCUCUGCAGAGGCAGAGUACAGAUCUAUGGCAUCAACAGUAUCCGUCGACCACACGAACACCGUUGUACAACCGCGCCGUGCACACCAGAGAGAGAGAUCUGAGGCGAUAGAUUUGGCCAUCGAUCGCGCGAAGCUCAGGAUGAACGAGGCGCUGAUGGCUCUGUUACUGAAGCUCGACUUGGUGCCCGGUGUUGAUCCAUUGUUGAGGGGCGCGAGGAGGAAGGUGAGUCAUCGAAUCGUGGGGUUGCAGGAGAUAGUGGACGCGAUUUCAGAAGUUUUGUCAUCGAAACCCACGAAUACGUGGCACCGAAGGUUGCAUCCAGUGGAUCGCACCGGAACGCCGUUUAUUGGUGGACAAAGAUCCAGUUCAACGCCUAGGAUCGAAGCACGGAGUCGCCGCUGCCGUUGUGUCGCGUGA